AACUUCAAUGCUUCAAAGUUUUUAUUACCUACAAGUUGUUUUGAUUGUUUCUCAAUUUUCCAAUUUCUAGUUGUUUAACCUGCGAAUAGUACCGAUUCACAUACGAAAUAUUAUUAAAUAUGGUUGAUGAUCUGCGAAAAUUUCUUAAUCACUUACUGGAGAAGGUAAACGGUCUUCAUUGUAUACUGAUCACAGAUAGGGAUGGGGUACCGGUGGUACGGUCAGUCACGGAGAAAGCGCCACAGUUGGCUCUGAGACCAAACUUCAUAUCCACCUUUGGAAUGGCUACUGAACAAGCAAGCAAACUUGGACUUGGGAGGAACAAAACUAUUAUAUCAAUGUAUUCGAGUUAUCAGGUGAUACAGAUGAAUAAGUUGCCACUUGUGAUCACUUUUAUUGGCAGUGACAAUUGCAAUACUGGGCACAUAUUGUCUCUAGAAAGUCAAAUUGAACCUUUCCUAAAGGAUCUAGGUACUAUAGUUGCUGAUGCUCCAUGAUAUAGCUUUUAAUUUAUGUUUGUUAUCCUGACAGCCAAAUACUGAAAUGCUUAUUAAACUUGAGGUGCUGCUAAAGUUUUAAGAUUUGCUUAUGAAUGGAGAUCGAAAUGUUUUUGUGACAAUGUUACUCUGGAUCUUUAUAAAAUAUGCACUAAUUUUUGGAAGGUUUUUUAGUUUGAAUUGUUUAAACUACUAUUAUCAGUGUUGAAUAUAUCACUAUAGGAGAAGCAAAAUACAUAUUGUGAAAAAAAACUGUUCAAACAACCACAUUAAAACAGAUGAUCCUUUUUUAAUGAAUUUUCUAUACUUUUAGAUAGGUAUUUAGAUAAUAUUCUUCUAUGCCCUAGACCAAUAGGGGGUACUGAACUUAGGGUAUCUUUACAUUAUUGCCCAGAAAUGGAGUGUGGUGGGUGUGAAUUUCAUUAUUUCACCAUAACCUACUGAAAUACACAUGUCCUAUUUUUGCGCUAUUUGCUAAAAGUUAUUAAAUAUGAUAUUAGGUAAUAGGAGACUUAAGAAGUACUGGGAAAGUUUGUUUUUAUUGAGGUUUUAUAAUUUUAUAGUAUUGUAGAUAUUAAAGUGUGCUUGAAAUAAAUUGUUUCAGUAUUUGACUGUUAUAUUCUGUUUAUUAAAAAAAAUGUGUUUAUCAUUUUAGAUAAUGUAUUUAAUUAAUACUUGUUUUAAGUAGUUAUUCUGUAUUUUUCACAUCAAUAUACAGUUUGUCUGCUGAAAUAGUUUGUACAUCGUUCGUGCGUCGUAUUGUACACCCAUGCGCUAUGUGAAAACUCAAAAUAAAUAGCUACAUUUAAAGUGCCUCAUUCAUCUCAAAUUUCUAAAAUUAAUUACACUACUAAAAAUCAUAAUACUGAGUGUACAAAAUGUGACAGUACACAAAUAUACACUGCAGGCACAGCACGUGCCGAGUCUUUGAAGUAGCCGACGCGGCAUGAGCGGCACAGCAGCCAGUGUCAUCCCGCGCCAACUAUUUGAGCGAUCGAAGUAUACAAGUCUUUUAUAGACAUUUGGGGGAAAAAACCAACAUAAGUGUCUGAAAGAAUUUCUUCAACCUAAACCUACCAUACAAAAGACGGCACCUGAAAACAAAGAUAAAUAAAUAUAGGCAAAGAUAUGCCAUCGCCUUAAUUUCACAUUGGUGUCAUGUGCCCAUUGAACCAUGUACCGUCACCCAUUUUUAUUAUUUUUUCUUAUACAAGUUAUAUAAGAAAAUUUCAUCUGGUGGUAAGUGACGAUGGUGGCGGGCGAAUAAUCGUUACCUUCUAAAUCACUGUUAUAUCUAUACAAGCCAGUGGUGUGCAUACAGGUAUAAGCGGGUAAGCAGGGAAUCUCAUCAAGUUUUUCAUAACUUUUGCUGGACUGGACUUCCAUUUUAUAUCAUCUGCCCGCUUAGUUCAUACCCUAUGCAUAUCCUGUAUGCACGCCAUUGACACAAUAAUAAUAAUAUCGUUUAUUUCUUUCAUCCAAAUUGCACAUAUAAUGUGUGGGUAAAUACAAGCCCACCAACUAGCAAUGCAGUAGCAUGAUGGUUUCCAGCAGUGGAACAUUAAUUAGGAUUAUGACGAUUGGUGAUAGGCAUGUAAAUAAAAUGUAAAUAAAUGUUUUUUUAUGAAUAAAAUGUGCCUCUAGAAGAUUUAUCGUUUAUUGUAUGUACUAAAUAGCUUUAUCAUAUAUUAUAAUUAUAAUGUUGCUAAAAUAAUA